AUGCUCCGAGUGGGGCUGUUCAACGACCUUGUGAAUAGCGGCUUGUUCUAUUUCAUGACGCGCGAUGGCGCGACGUGCGCGAUGCUGGGCCUGGUGGGCAAAGCUGCGGCGCUACGCGUGGUUUACAGAAUCGCAUCGCGUGAAGCAGAGGCCGCGUGGGGGAAGUUUCAGACGCGCUGGCUCGUGCCGUUCGGGAUCGCGCAGAUCCUCGCGGUCGAUCGCGACGGCGCCUCCCAGUGCGUCUUCCUCGACACUUGCAGGGCGAUGGGGGCUUGCGUCAGGUGCGUGCCGCCUGGGGCCCAUCGGCAGUUGGGUUUGGCCGAGUCGGGCAAAGGCGCUGCGCGCCGCGUCUUCGAGACGCCGGCCGCGCAUUUCGCUGCCUUCGGGCGAGUGCCGACUUUGCCGGCCGAGCUCUUGGCCGAUGCUACGUCCGCCAAGUACUUCCGCAACGUCACUCAGGACCAGAUGCUUGCCCGCGGGGAAAGGUGCCGCAUCGAGGCGGCGAAUGCGACCGCCGACCGCGAGGCGGGCGAGGCCCUUCGCGCGCCCCUUCUGCGCCGGCCGGUCAAUUGCAAAGAGUGCGACUUCGUGGCCGGACAGCGG